AUGUCGGAUAUAGAAGAACCGCCGAGUAAAAUGUCUAAAUACGAGGAGUAUUUGGAUGAAACAGAGGAGGGCUUGGAAGAAGGACAAGAGGAGUGGCUCAGCGAAGGUGUCUUAACUGAUGAUGAUUAUCACAUUUCAACAGCUGAUCAGGACAAGACUGACUCUAAUCUAGAGGAGACGACGCAGGAAGACCAUGAUACUAUGACGAGCAACCCAGAGAUGGAGACUUUAGACGAGACUAACGGAUCAGAGAAGGGAGCUGACCAGAAAUUAGAAGAUACCCUGAACAAUUUGGAUUCGAAGCAUGAACUGCCAGAAGAUUUAGAUGCAUUCCUUGUAAGAAAGACUGACCUCCAAUCAUUAGAAAACAAGAUAAAAAAAGAAAUUAAAGAAGACGACGAUGGGAAUGACACAGACGAUCUUCUGCGUCUUCUAGAAGACAAUCAGCAAGUAAAGAAGAAAGCUAUAAAGCUAGUUAAGACUGGGAAGAACGAAAAUCAAGUGUCCAGUGACGAUGACGAGUUUAUUUACGAACGCAGUAAAGUGAAGACUCUGAAACUGGCCAAGAAUGCUUUAAUCAAACGAAUACCCUCCAAGGCUGAGCCAGAGCACAGUGACACGGACGAUGAAACUGACGCGUCUUCAGAUGGUGGUAACACUAUGCAGAGAAUGUUCGGUGUGAAGGGAGAGCUGAAGAAGACAUCAAAGAAACCCAACGAACAGAGUAAGAGAGUAGUAAAACAUGUUGCUCAAGUUAAAAACACACACAAUAAACCAAAACCACAGCACAAAAGUAUAUUAAAACAGACACCAAAUAAACCUAAGAUUGAAAACAAAUCUGUAAAGAUGACAGAUGUCAAAACACCGACGCUAUUUAAAUCGAUGGGCAAAGAUGUCAGCAAGACGCAGAAAACGGUCAAGAUAGACCCAAAGGCUACAGACAAUAAAAAUGGACAUAAGAAACAUUUCGACGAAGAUAAAAUGGAAGAACAGGAUGAAAUAAUUGAUGGCGAGGAGUUUUUAGAAGAUGACAACUUUGAAUUAGAUGAAGAGGAAUUCGCUGAAGAAUCAGAGACGGAGAUCUCGAUGAAACAGUGCAUCAUGAAGCCGGAAAUGAUGGAUGAGGAGGUGCCAAGUGACGAUGAGAGCCGCUCUGAAGAUGGCAGCUUAUACGACGAGUUACCGUCUUCAGAUUCAGAGGACUUCGACGACUGGUUCACGCUGGACAUCAGAUCAGAACGGGCGUCCGACUACCUGCCUUUACUUGGCGCGGGCGCGGGCGCGCUGCUGGGGGCGGAGCGGCGCCGCGCGGAGGGGCGCGUGGCGACGCUGCGCGAGUCGCUGUCGGCGCUCACCGACGCGGCGCGGCGCCAGGCCGACGCGCUGCGCAGCGCCGCCAUGGCGCUCGCCGAGAUCGACGACACGCUGCGCGCCGCCUGA